AUGACCCUCACAUGGCUGAAGAACUGGCAACCCUUCCAAAUUGACGCCCUCGGACUGGUCACCCUCCUCGGCGCAGAACAGGUCAACAAGGCUCUCGGCUGCUUCAUCGCACACCCCGUCUCGGACUACCUGCCACUGUUAGCAGCUUUCGUCGUGGCCGGCGACUCCUUCAACGAACCUAUCCCGGGAUUCCAGCUGUACAACGUCACAGACGGAAUCGUAGCUUACGAUAUUUCGCCAUGGUUCUCGCGCUGGCUGUUCAUGCAAGACCUGACCUGGAACUCGACGUACUUGUCCGUACAUUUCAGCCGGACGAGACGCUUACGGUGGCCAACAAUAUGCUCGUUGGCUUGUGGUCUUGUUGUGAACGGUACGCUUAUUGCUGUUGCCGCCGUGAUGGGAGACUGGUGGGGCCUCGCAAAUGCGUCAGCUCUCGCCAUAUCGGUGAUAGUACGACGAUAUCUGCUAGAGGAGCGAGCCAAAGGUCUGCGGCAGAACUGGUACAAGGAGAAUCACGAAACCUGGGCGAACGUUGAUGUCAAAUGCUUGGUCCUUACGCCAGCCGGCCAGGCCGUUACGAUAUAUGCUCCAAGGGGCAUCAUAACAGAAGUCAUCUUGACCGAACCGAAGGUCAAACGGAAGACAAGAUACCGGACGGUAAGAAUUGUUGGCUGGAUUGGAUUCUUUUGCCAUAUCGUUGCCCUGGGGAUGGCAAGCCUUGUCAACCAGAUGAUCUCGGUCUUCGUACUUAUCGUUUCGACGUGGUCUGCCAUCUAUGCGAUCGGAACCGACCAUUCCGUUGUCGCCGGAAAGCUCAGGAUCGAACGCCACGAUGGAGAUACAGACAUGGAGUCACGCUCGCGAGUCUACAGGCGCCUGGAUUUGACGGCUGAGGAGGUGGAGUCUUUGCUAGGUUGGUCGCUUAUGCCUCCUCGCUUGAAGCAGGAUUGGUGGAGGAGAUACUAUGGGUUGAAAGACACGGACAGGCAGAGAUUUAAGCAAUGGAGAACCUCAGUUGCUGGCGUGGUGAAAGCUUGA